GAAAUGGAAGAGAUGCAUAAUGGUACGCGUAAUGAUGCCACGUAUAAUGGACAUUUGCCAUUGGUUAGCCAACUCACCGCGGUUGCUUCCAUCUUCAAACAGACAUCCCUUCCAGGCCAGAUCAAUGACUCUCGUCAAAAGAAUGCCAAAGCGUUCUGGAAGAGCUUUUUGCUACGAAGAAGAUCUGAGUUAUUGUCUAUAAUACCUAUAAGACACAAUGAGAUCAACCAGCAGAUGUGUCGCGCGUUACCAACGUCACAGAGGGUUCAUCAUGACGACUGCGAGACCCUGGUGCUGGAAGACAACAUUUGCUUUGGGAAAUGUAGUUGUCCAGAGCGCAAUACCAACAGCGAAGACGGAGACCACGCUUCUUGCGUUCACUGCUCACCAGUCAAAUUGACCAAGUCUGUGCAGUUGAAAUGCAAGAACAACACUCAGGUAACUAAAGUGGUGACGGUGUUGGAGGACUGUCAGUGCAAAUUGAAGAAAGGACUGUGCUCCCACAGCCGCCAAGGACCCUCUCUUUUUGAUCCAAUCUUAAUUUGAAACAUACCAUGAAGGAAAUUCAGUAUGGAUGUGUAACCUGGUCUCAGAGCAUUUCAUAUUAUUCUGUACAAAAAUCAGAGACACUCCAUUUAUAGGUUACGUUUUGCAUGGUAGCUCAAUUGGUAGAGCAUGGCGCUUGUAACGCCAGGGUAGUGGGUUCGA